CGACAAUCAACGCGCACAAGCCCCUCGGACGUGGAGAAGGAAAUCGAGGGUGGGUAAACAACAGAAACAACUUCUACCAUCAAUUAGACACAAAUCACACAUCACAUCAUGGACGGACUACAACUAAGAGAUGAGGCCGUUCGCGACCGCAUCAGAGCGGCUGAGGAGUUCCUCGACCCAAAUGACCCCCGAGCACGUAGUUACAGAGCAGAGAUCAUGGUCAUGCUCGGCCGCUCAUCACGGCGACUGCCUGUAUCUCUGGACGAGAUUCGCGCACACAGCAGAGAGAUGGCCGAGGGCAUUCUCAACCAGCCCUUUGACUUUUCCCAAGCCUUCGACCGCGCCGUCAAGAACAUUGUCAACACAUUACCCGGCAGACCGCCGCACGAGACGGCAGAAGACACCAUGUACUACUGCGCCUUCUUUGGCAGCUUCGGAGAAUUCGCUACCAACCCUCGCACAUUAAGCUCCGUCCACCUCAACCACAUGGUGUCACUCGAAGGCAUCGUCACAAAAUGCUCGCUCGUCCGCCCGAAGGUCGUCAAGAGUGUGCAUUAUAACGAGAACAAGACGUCAUUCCACUUCCGCGAAUACAGAGAUCAGACCAUGACAAUGAACGGCGCCGCCAGCUCCAGUGUCUACCCCACCGAGGACGAUGAAGGCAACCCGCUAGUCACAGAAUACGGCUUCAGCACAUACCGCGACCACCAGACUAUCUCGAUCCAGGAAAUGCCCGAACGCGCUCCUGCAGGUCAACUACCGAGAAGUGUCGAUGUCAUCAUGGACGACGACAUGGUCGACAAGGUGAAGCCUGGUGACCGUAUUCAGCUGGUCGGUAUCUACAGAUCCCUCGGAAACCGCAACGCAGGCGCCGGAAGCUCGACUUUCCGUACACUGGUCCUUGCGAACAACAUCAUUCUCCUUUCAUCAAAAUCUGGCGGCGGCAUCGCCCAAGCCACAAUCACCGACACGGAUAUCAGAAACAUCAACAGAAUCUCAAAACAGCGCAAAGUCUUUGAGCUGCUCUCACAGUCUUUAGCGCCCAGCAUCUACGGACACGACUACAUCAAGAAGGCUAUCCUGCUUAUGCUUCUCGGUGGUAUGGAGAAGAAUCUGGACAACGGAACACAUUUGAGAGGAGACAUCAACAUUCUCAUGGUCGGUGAUCCGUCGACCGCAAAAUCUCAACUUCUGCGCUUCGUUCUGAACACUGCUCCUCUGGCUAUUGCCACCACUGGUCGUGGUUCUUCUGGUGUUGGUUUGACAGCUGCAGUCACUUCGGACAAGGAGACUGGUGAGCGCAGGCUCGAGGCCGGUGCUAUGGUCCUCGCAGAUCGUGGUGUCGUCUGUAUCGAUGAGUUCGACAAGAUGUCUGAUGUCGAUCGUGUCGCUAUUCACGAAGUCAUGGAACAACAGACCGUCACCAUCGCAAAGGCUGGUAUUCACACUUCUCUCAACGCCCGCUGUUCAGUCGUCGCAGCUGCCAACCCCAUCUACGGCCAAUACGACACCCACAAAGAUCCUCACCGCAAUAUUGCCUUGCCAGAUUCACUCCUCUCACGUUUCGAUUUGCUGUUCAUCGUCACAGACGACAUCGAAGACGUCAGAGACAGACAAGUCUCAGAGCACGUCCUCCGAAUGCACAGAUACCGUCAACCAGGCACUGAAGAAGGUGCUCCAGUCCGCGAACAAGCGACCCAAUCCCUCGGCGUCGGUCUCGAAGAAGAGGCAGACACAGACAAGACCUCCGAAGUCUACGAAAAAUUCAACGUCAUGCUGCACGCUGGUGUCACAGUCACCGUAGGUCGUGGAUCAGGCCGCAAAGUCGAAGUCCUCAGCAUUCCAUUCAUCAAGAAGUACAUUCAAUACGCCAAGUCCAGAGUCAAGCCCAUCCUCACUUCUGGCGCUGCUAACCACAUCAUCGCUACUUAUUCAUCUCUUCGAAAUGAUGAGAUUGAGAGCAACCAGCGCAAGACUUCUCCCAUGACUGCGCGUACGCUUGAGACGCUGAUCCGUUUGAGUACCGCGCAUGCCAAAUCCCGCCUUUCCAAUCGUGUUGAACAAAAGGACGCCGAAGUCGCAGAAGGAAUUCUUCGUUUCGCUCUCUUCAAAGAAGUUGCCGAGGACGAACGCAGGAAACGCAGAAAGACACGCGCGACCACUGAACCUCUAUCCUCUGACGAUGACUCCGAAGACGACGAUGGAGACAUGGACGCAACCACCACCAACAGAUCUUCAGCCAGGAGAAGUGGCACUGCUGCUUCCAGACGGAAUGCAAGAAGAACCCCUGCUGCUGCUGAUGAUGAGGACCACACUGCUUCUGGCGCUUUGCCCGAGGAAGAUGAUGAAGAGUUGUAUUCAGCCACACCAAGGACUACGCGUACGAGAAACACGCAAACAAAGGAUUCAGCACCUCCACCAUCGUCUUCGCAAUUCUCACUUGCUUCUUCACGACCGGCGUCGCAAUUGUUGGAUUCACAAUCGCAAUCCGCGGCACCGGAAUCGCAACCCGAAGCAAAACAGCCCAUCUCCGACAAAAGAUCAACAGUCUUCCAAGAGGCACUGGGCAAACUCCUCGACACUGAAUUGUUCAAAGACGAUGCUGCCGAGCAAGCUCGGGUUGUGGAAGCUGUGAAUGCUAGAUUGGGCAGCGGGGUGGAAGUGUUUGGAGAUGAAGAGGCGGAAGCCGCGUUGGUGGAAUUGAAUGAGAGAAACAAGAUCAUGUUUUCUGGAGGUAUUGUUUACAAGCUCUGAUUUAAUGGAGACAGGAAGCCGGGUAAGCGGGC